AAACGCAAAUCAUCAAAAACUCAAAAAAGAAAGAAAAACAUUUAUAUAACAAAAAAAAAGAAAAGAAAAAAGGAAUAACCAAAAUGGCUAAUAAAAACGUACUAGCAUUAUGUCUGAUGUUUAUAUUAGUAUCAAGUGUGUUCUACGAGGCGCAAGGAACGUUCUUGUUAAAGAUGUACUUGAGGAGGAAGUUUUUCAAAAGGGCAAUGCAGUUUACACCUUUCGCAUGCAAAGGUAUGACAUUUUUGUUGCACAGACUUAAAGGUGGAUGUCCCGCGACUAAGGGGUUCAAGACUUUCUUUUCACUGUUCAUAUCUUACGUGAACUUUAUCAAAACGGCAAGGGUUUCGAAAACUACCGAUUCUCAGCUAACAACAAAAGCCGACGGCCUCGCCAAUGCUGUAUCUGUAUUGACUGGUGCUAGAAAAGACGUGAGUAACAAUUUCAGAGAGACCAUACUGUCAAUGGGAAAGACUUUGAUUGAGCAGAAGAAAGCUGGUCCACAGCGUGUAACAUAUAAGCAAAGGAAAGUGUUGAUCGUGGCUUUGGUGCAAUGGACUAAAACAGUCGUUACAGUUGUGAAAACGGCUGUGGAGACAGCAGGAAAGACGAUUGAUACAUCGAAUCUCGGGCUUGACGUUGAUGUUAAUGAUCUUCUUGGAGGUGAAAAAGAUGACAGCCCAACACCCACAACACCCACAACACCCGCAACACCCACAACACCCGCAACACCCGCAACACCCGCAACACCCGCAACACCCACAACACCCGCAACACCCGCAACACCUACACCGAGUACACCCACAACACCUACACCCAGUACACCCACUACACCUACACCCACAACACCCACAACACCCACUACACCUACACCGAGUACACCCACUACACCUACACCCAGUACACCCACCACACCUACACCCAGUACACCCACAACACCCACUACACCUACACCCAGUACACCGAGAACAUCCACUACACCUACACCCAGUACACCCACAACACCUACACCUAGUACACCCACUACACCCACUACACCUACACCCAGUACACCCAGUACACCUACACCUACUACACCCAGUACACCCACUACACCCACUGGAACUACUACCAACACCAACAGUCAAACCUCACAAAGUACCACAUCAACCGCAUCAGCCAAACAAGUUGAGACUCAAACAUCCCAAGAAGUAAUGUCCUUCAUCUCUGACCUAGAGAAGAAGUAUGCAUCAAAGACAGAACUCAACACCUUCUUUGAGACACUCAAGUCUACCAUGACUGCUACUUCAAAGAUCGCUAGCACAGACGAAAAAACCUUUGUUUCUGGUGUUAAAGCUGCUGCUGGGACACUAAAUGAAGCGGCAGAGACUGUUACUGAAAAGUUAGGCACAUCAGCUGAGUCCAAGCAAAAAAUAGAAUCUUCCCAACAACAGUUGAUGAAGACAUUCAAAGAACUAGAAGAUGUUAAAACUAAAAUAGUGAGUGAGAGUAAAGGCAAGACAGUGUCCUCCACACAACAGACAGAGCUUAAGCAGACGCUCACUAAAUGGGAACAAGUCACCACCCAGUUUGUGGAGACUGCUGUUUCUUCUAGUUCAACUUCAUCUUCCACUCAGUCUCAGCAGAUUCAGCAGUCCCAUCAGUCUCAACAGUCUCAGCAGUCACAGAAGACACAACAGACACAGCAGACACAGCAGAUACAACAAGGCAGUAUCUUGAGGGCUCAGACUCAGACUUGAGCUACACUAAUGGCAACAAAUCAUCAAGAAAGACAAAACUAGUACCGCCAAAUAUGAUAAUUAGUAGCUAAUUAGAUGUUUUAUUUUUUGUUUCAAUAAAACUAAGAUCGGUAUAGGCCAGGAACGUGUACCUGUAGACCGACGUAUGCAAAUAAUAACUUUGUAAGCAAUAAUGCUAUAGACUGUAUGCUCUCUUUCUAUGCUUUACAUAGAGAAGUAAGCAAGACCCAUUAAAGGGAUUUUGAAUCAUUUUCUUCUUGUUCCUA